UUUUGGUGAGGCUUGGGGGCCGCGAGUAAGAUCAGUUAAGGAAGAAAAGAUGAAAUAGGUGCACAAUGCCUUUUGAUUGGGAGUGCUAUGAACCCUUCGUCUGGAAGCACCCUUAGUCUGGCCAUGAUGUCCUUUUCUCUGUACCUGCAGAUGUAUUCUCUGUCAUGGUGAUUGAGAGACAGAAUGGGAAUGUGCUAGUACAUUUUGGACCUAGGCUCCAGACCUAUCCUGAAGAGUUACUCCGGCAGCGCCAGGGUCACAAUGGGCAUACGGAGUACCUGAUUCGCUGGAACAUCCUCGGCUUGGAGGAUGAUACAGGAAGUGGCGCUGGUGCCUCUUCAACAGAGAGCAAAAUGGAGAACAUCCUGAUGUGGAUGUCGGCAGAUGACGUUUAUGCCAACUGCCCGACGCUGCUAGGCAAGAGGAAGCCCAAGGAGCAGCGGGCGGAGGAGAAAACGUCCAGCAUCUUCCCCCCUGAUGUCGCUGUGGAUGAGGCUUCCCUGCGUGAGAUGAAGGCUGAUGUCAGGACACUGGUGCAGCGAGUGGCUUGGCAAAUGGCCAGCACCGCUGUUCCUCAGUCGUCCGUCUUGCACAGUAUCCACGUGCUCAGUGCCUAUGCCAGCAUUGGCUCAUUGAUGGGUGUCUUCAAGGAGACGGGGGCCCUCAAUCUCCUGAUGAAGAUGCUGUGUCAUGAAGAGGAGCAAAUUCGUCGCAGUGCUGGCAAGAUGCUGAGGGCUCUGGCUUCCCAUGACGCAGGAAGCCGAGCCUAUGUUCUCUUGUCACUGAGCCAGCAAGACGGCAUCGAACAACACAUGGACUUUGACAGUUGCUAUACCCUCCUUGAGCUGUUUGCCGAAACGACAUCUUCAGAAGAGCAUUGUAUGUGUUUUGAAGGAAUCCCCCUUCCUCAGAUUCCAGGGAAGCUGCUGUUUUCUCUGGUGAAGCGCUACCUGUGUGCCACCUCUCUCAUGGACAAGCUUGACAGCACUGCGGAGCUGGGAGGGGAGCACGAGCCCUCCGGCGCAAAUGUUGGGGGAAAGAACCGGCUGCAGCGCGAGUUUGACUUCAGCAUGGCCAUGGCCCACCUCAUUUCAGAGCUGGUGGAGGUGAUGGGCUGGGACCGCUGCGGGGCGUUUCGGGGCCUCGACGCACGGCAGCCCCGAGUUGCCAGGUCUAUCUUCCAGCCCCACAUUCCCACCUGCAGCAGCAGCAGCAGCAGCAUCCCGUCCGAUGCAAGGAAGCUGCCUGAGAAAGAGACCAGCGCUUUCAAAUCGCGCUCGGCCUUCCUCAGCCGCAACAGCUACAUGGAGUACGUGCAAGAGAAGCUGGCCCGGGGCAUGCGCGUGCGCAUGUUGGAAGAUUACGAGAAGGUCUGCGCGGGAGAUGAGGGAGAGUUUCUCCAGAGCAAUAAUGGCACACCGCCUGUCCAGGUUUAUUGGGAAUCUCUGGGCCGCACAUACUGGGUGCAUUGGCAUAUGAUUGAGAUCAUUGGCCCAUCAAGACAUGCAGAGCAGAAAGCCCAGGAAAAAGUAUCCAGCCUUACAGAGACUCUGAGACAGGACACAGUGACUCAGACCUUCUACUGCAAACCCCUCGGGGGGCUGUACUCCUUGCCAUACCUGAUGGAUCGGAGGAAUGAGAACUCCGGGACCCUGAGCCGGGCUGAAUGGUGGGAGCUGCUUUUCUUCAUCAAGAAGCUGGAACAGCACGAACAGCAGGAAGUGGUUCACUUCAUCGAGCAGAACCACAAAGAGCAGCCGUCGGAGCUCGACGAAGAGGGCCUCAUCCAGCUGCCCGUGCCGGUGGAGCUGGCUCAGAAAGUGCUGCUGCUCCUGAGCAAACACUGCCAGGGCUGCACCCGGAGCGACCUGCACGGCUCCCACGUCUAUCUCAAGUAUUCCUCCAGCAAAGGAGGGGCGGAGCAGAACGGCCAGAAUGCGGACCCGAUCCCCACGAACGGCGGCAGCCUUGCUGAAGCCGUGGCCUCCAAAGCGCCCAAGAAGGAGUCGCUCUCCGCUGAAGUGCCUUCCCCAGCUCCAUCCACGGCAGAGAAAACCGACACGCAGCUGAUCAACGAACUCCUCAAAGUGGAAGGACUUUCCUUCCCGGACACCCUGGAUGAGAAGGCCAAAGCUUUCUGCAGUGUGAAGGUGGCAGGGAAGAAAAGCACCUUGGAGCAGCUGGCAGAUGCCAUGGAGAUGGUCCAGAAGUCCAGUGGGGACAUGGAGCUGCAGAUGGCAGGUCUCAGAUUCAUCACCAAGGUCUUGGAGGAGGAGCCCGAGCGAGAGCGGCAAGAGAGGCACGUCCUCAAAGCAGAGGAGGAACUCGCCCUGAGGGAGAAAAUGGCGACAACGCUGGCGGAGCUGCUGGGCCACCGAGCGGAGGAAACGCUGCCGGUGGUCUUGGCGCUGCGGACACUGUAUGUGCUCCUGGCCAAGUACGACUGGAGGGUUCUCUUUGCCACCAGAGGCGGGCUGCGUCCCGUGCUGCGCUGCAUGCAGAAGCACUCUGCGUCCGCCCCGGUGCAGCAGGCUGGCCUUGCAGUGUUGAAGCUACUGCUGGGUGCUGGGAACUGUGAGCUACCGGGUGCCUGUAGGAAGCCCUACCCUCUGGACCACUCGGGGGCCCAGACAAUGCGAGACGUCUUUGCCAGCGUCGGCUCUGCAUCCAGCAAGGACACGGAGAACUUGUUCUGCGCCAUUCCUGCUGCGAUUGAGAAGAUGCUGGCUACCCCCGGGGCCUCGACAGGCGUCCAGAACGGGCUCCUGGUGCUCCACCAGCUGGUCAGCGGCCGCCAGGACCUGGCAGAGCAGCUGGGCAACGGGAGCCUCCCCUCCAUCCUGCACCGCUGCUGCCGCUCGGACCAGGGCGCCCACCAGAUGCUGGCCCGGAUCCUGCUCUGCCGCCUGGAGGAGCGUGAGCUUCCCCCGAGCCAAGAGAGGAAAGAGCCUGCAUCCUCCUUGCACCUUGAGGACGCCGAUGUCGCAAGACUGCUGGGCGGCCUGCCCCGGAGCAGCCUUUGCAAAGAGCUGGCGGGGACCCUGGAGCGCGGCCUCUCUGGCCAGGGCGCCUGCCCCGAUGAAGGCACGUGUGAGCUUCUGGUGGACGUGCUCCUGCUGAGAGACCUGGCUCAGCUGGGCUCGGAGAAGGAUGUCCAGCUGGGGGCGCUCAGGCUUUUGAACAAGUGUUUGGAGUGUUCCUGGAAGGAUGGAGUACCCUGGCAUAAGUGCAUUGAGCCGUGUUUGUCUUCCAUGAAUGCCCACCUGAAUGAUCGAGAGGUUGUUCAGGAGUGCAUCAGUUUCCUGCAUGGCCUGGCCAGCCUCAACAAGGACUGUGCUGUGAUGAUGUGUUGCAUGGGCACCCAGGAAGCCCUGACCAAAGUCCUGGAGAAGCACAGCCCCGGCCUGCUGCGGGUGGCAGACCUGGGGGACCUCUUGAGCAACUGCGAGAAGUACGCCAGCCUGUACAAGAAGAUGACAGCCAGCAUCCUUGCUGGCUGCAUCCAGAUGGUUCUAGAUCAGAUAGACGAACACAGGCGGAGUCAUCAGCCUCUCAACAUCCCAUUCUUUAAUGUGUUCCUGCACAACCUUUGUCAAGGCUGCAGCAUGGAGGUCAAGGAGGACAAGUGCUGGGAGAGGGUGGAAGUCUCCUCCAACCCCCAGCGGGCCAGCAACCUGGUAGAUGGGAACCCCAAGACCUACUGGGAGUCAAAUGGCAGCACCUGCACCCACUCCAUCAACGUCUACAUGCAUCGUGGGGUAGUAGUCCAGCAGAUGUCUCUGUUGGUGGCCGCUGAGGAUUCCAGCUACAUGCCAGCCCGGAUCAUGGUCAUGGGAGGGGAGAGCGCCUCCAGCAUCAGUACCAAGCUCAAUAUGGUGAGUGUCCCUCCGUCGGCCAGCCGAGUGAUCCUCUUGGAGAACCUGAGUUGCUUCUGGCCCAUCAUCCAGAUCAAGAUCAAGCGCUGCCAGCAGGGUGGCAUCGACACGCGUGUGCGGGGCAUCGAGGUGCUGGGCCCCAAGCCCACCUUCUGGCCCAUCUUCAAGGAGCAGCUGUGCCGGCGCACGUACCUCUUCUACACCACCAAGGCGCACACCUGGUGCCAGGAGAUCUCCGAGGACCGGAUGCAGCUGCUGCAGCUCUUCAGCAGGUUGAACAGCGCCUUGCGCCACGAGCAAGUGUUUGCCGACCGCUUCCUGCCCGACGACGAGGCCGCCCAGGCCUUGGGCAAGACCUGCUGGGAGGCGCUGAUCACCCCCUUGGUGCAGAGCAUCACCGCUCCAGAUCCUAGCGGCAUCAGUCCCCUGUCGUGGCUGCUGAGCCAGUAUUUGGAGAACCUGGAGGCCGCCCGGCGCACCAAGAGCCGGGCCGCCAUCUUCAACUCCCGCGUCCGGCGCCUGAGCCACCUGUUGGUACACGUGGACUCGAGCAGCCCAGAGCCCGAAGAGCUGAAGCCCCCCGUUAAGUCGAAUGGGAAGAACGGCAAGAACAAGGAGUCGAGCGCCGGUGCAGCCAAGGCCGCCGUGAAGAAGCCCAGCAGCACGACGGGCGUCACGCAGUGCUGGAAAGGCGUGGUCCAGCAGCAGGUGACGCGCUUCCUGGAGUCCUCCUGGCAGGCCCCGGACUUCGUGGAGCGCUACUGCGGCACCUACCUGCGCCUGCGCACGGCCAUGGAGGAGCUCUUUGGGCAGCAGCUCUCCUUCGUGCUGGCCCUGUGCCACGGCUUCUCCGGGGGGCUGCUGCAGCUCUCCUUCCUGACCGCCAUGCACGUGAGCGAGCAGUUUGCCCGUUACAUCGACCGGUGGAUCCAAGAAAGCUGGGCGGAUUCGGGCAACGUGGAGACCUUGCGGCGCCUGCAGCAGAGCCUGGAGCCCGUCCUCUUCCUGGCAGGCCUCGAGUUGGCCAACACCUUUGAGCACUUCUACCGGUACUACCUGGGAGACCGUCUCCUGUCCCAGGGCAAGACGUGGCUGGAGAGUGCCGUGGUGGAGCACAUCGGGCUCUGCUUCCCCAACCGCUUCCCCCAGCAGAUGCUGAAGAACCUGAGCGAGCUGCAGCAGCAGCAGCAGCAGUUCCACCUCUUCCAGCUGCAGCAACUGGACAAGCACCUGCUGGAGCUCGAUCAGCCUGGGAAGCAGCAGGAGGAAGAGGAGGAGGAGGAGGAGAGAGAGGAGCAGCCGUUCCCUCCGGAGGAGGAGGCGGAGGCCGAGGUGGACGUGCUGGCCUUGUCCCCCCGCUGCUGGACCGUCUCUCCGCUCUGCUACCUGGAGGAGCCGGACAAGGUCUUCCCCCCCUCCCUCAGCCAGCACCUGGGCAAGUUUGCGGACUUCUACACCCAGAGUCAGAGCCGCUUUGGACAAGAGCACACGAAGCCGCGGCGUUUGCAGUGGACGUGGUUGGGCCACGCCGAGCUGGAGUACCAGGGCUGCAUCCUGCACGUGUCCACCCUGCAGAUGUACAUCCUCCUGUGCUUCAACAGCGCUGAGGAGGUGUCUGUGGAGAUGCUGUUGCAAGCCACAGGGCUCUCCCCCGUCCUCCUGAGUCAUGCGUUGAAACCUCUCACCAAGGAGAACGGGAUCCUGGCCCAGAGUCAGGGCGCCUUGCGGCUGAAUGAGGCGACGCUGUCCCGGAUGUCCGGCCAGCGCCUGUGGCUGCUGCCCAAACAGACGUACUUGAACGUGGAGGAGAAUGAGGGCAGCGCUCUGGAGAGGAAGAGGAACAUCAUCUGCUGCCUCCUGAUCCAGAUCCUGAAAGAGGAGAAGGAGAUCCACAUCGACAACCUGGUGUUCAGGGUGAUGGACGCCUGCCGUAAGCUGGAACACGGCCCUGCCUUGAAGAACCUGAGCUUCUGCUGCUGCAGCAGCGCUGACGUCCUCUCCUGCGUCCUGCACCUGGUCAACCAGGGCUCUGUGCGGCGCCAGGAAGGCCACCCGCAGCUCCUGGAGUACGUCUCCACGGAUCUCCCCACCCCGGCCCUGCCGAAGUACCAGCCGCAAGUAGCGUUUCAGACUGUGCAGAUCAAAAAAGUGCCCAGCGUGCCCUGCGUGGAAAAGAGACAGACCUUCUCUACGUUUAGGUAGAACUGGCUGCAGGCCUGCGGAGUUGACUAUCCAGGCCCCUGUUUCCGCGUGUGGGGCUGGGAGGGGCUGCUGCCCUCACUCUUCAAGGAGCUGGUCUCUUCGGGGGGGGGGGGCAUGGCUGGCCGUGGAGAUCUCGCUCUCCCUCCCGGUUUGCACGUUCUGAUUUCGGGAAGAAGCAAGGUUGUGGUCUUGUAGCGCUGCAGGUGGCUCCCUCCCGAGAAAAGAAGCAGGCUGUCGCCAUCUCCUGUAAGGUGGAUGUUUUAUUGAAGCCAACUAGCUCCUGACUUCAUGGUCUGGCUGCAGGGCAUCUGUUGGCCACAGUUCUACUAAACUAGCACCCGGCAUGUCAGUGGCUGCCGGGGAAUGUGAUGAGACAGGUUAAGAAGCAGCCACCGUCUUUCCUGAAUGUCCAGAGUAGCUGAUGGUUCUGAAAUCCAGGCCACUCUGAAAAUGUCCUCUCCGUAAUAUAUACCUGCCUUAUUUCCAGAGGGUUCAAUUGCCCCAGAAUCAUGGCAAUUUCUCCCUUUCUUUACAUGGACUGCCUGAUGGACGGAUGGUGUCCCUCCCAAGGAGCACCGUCUUUGAUUCAUGCCUGUGGCCUUAGGGGAAGAGCACCUCCCGCCUAGAUGCAGGUUCAUCCUGCUGCAGCUCAAGGAUGGCAUCUAAUUUAGGGGAAACAGAAAUCUUCUGGCCUUUUGUAACACCCCCCCCCAGUUUCUUUGAAGUUUCCCUUCAGCCCUAUGAGCCAUAGGGGCCUUCCUUAAGCAUUCUUUAUCAUCCCUUUCUUUGUGCAGGAAUCUAGUGCCAGGUGUGUUUAUUUAUCCUCUUCUUGCCUAAUGAGUGCCGUUUGGCAGGGGCCGGCUGGAAAGAAGCUGGCAUCUUUCCUUUUAUAGGGGCUGAAUCUGUAGCCGAUGAUUAGAACCAGCAGAGGAGGGGAGUGUGGGCUGUGUGGUUCCUGGAAUGAGCUGAAAUGAGAACUCGAGGCUUGCAGUCUCUCUAAGCAGCUGUAACUUGGGAGCCAAUCCGUUCCUGCAAGCGCACGUGGGUGUUGUGUUAGCGAAAACGUGCGAAGUGCAGGUUGGUGGAUAUCCGUGUUCUAGGGCUCCAUGGGGUGCUCUAGAUCUCACUGAGCCGAGGGAUGGUUGAGACCUCACCAUCUGCAGGCUCUAAGGCAAUCGCACAACCCCCUUGCUCCUGGACGUUGGCUUGACUGGCGCAAGUGAUUCAAAAAUGAGAGGGGUUAUUCUACCUCAGGAGUCCUUCUGCCUGCUGCUCUACCCGUAAUUCCUUCCUCUGCUUCUCCAUUGCCUGCCCUCAGUGUAGCAGCCAACUCCCUCCUCCUCCACCUUUCCAAAGAUG